CCGAGCCCAGCCCCGCGGGGCCCUGAGCGCCGAGCGCAGCCGGGCCGACAGGACCAAUGCCCAGGCCGAGCCGGGCAGCCAGAAGAUGAGCAGGCUGCUGGGGGGGACCCUGGAGCGGAUCUGCAAGGCCGUGCUGCUCCUCUGUCUGCUGCACUUCCUCAUCGCCGUCAUCCUCUACUUCGACGUCUAUGCCCAGCACCUCGACUUCUUCAGUCGCUUCAGUGCCCACGGCCGCCGCGCCGCCGCUCACUCGCCGCACUCUGCCACUGCCACCGGCAUCGGCGCCAACUGCUCCCGGCCCAACGGCACGGCCCCCAGCUCAGAGGCGCCCAGCCCCCGGCCGGACAACAACCACUCCGUCACCGCGCUGCCCCUGCCCCCGUGCCCUGACGUGCCGCCCGGGUUAGUGGGCCGGCUGCUGAUUGAGUUUAGCUCACCCAUGCCAAUGGAGCGGGUCCAGCGGGAGAACCCUGGCGUGCAAGGGGGCGGCCGCUACGCCCCUUCCGACUGCGCCCCACGGCAAACCGUGGCCAUCAUCAUUCCCUUCCGACACCGGGAGCACCACCUGCGCUACUGGCUGCACUACCUGCAUCCCAUCCUGCGGCGGCAGCGGCUUCGCUAUGGCAUCUAUGUCAUCAGCCAGCACGGCGAGGACACGUUUAACCGGGCCAAGCUGCUCAACGUUGGCUUCUUGGAGGCGCUGAAGGAAGACCCUGCCUACGACUGCUUCAUCUUCAGUGACGUGGACCUGGUGCCCAUGGACGACCGCAACCUGUACCGCUGCGGGGAGCAGCCCCGCCACUUCGCCAUCGCCAUGGACAAGUUUGGCUUCCGACUGCCCUACGCCGGUUACUUUGGGGGCGUAUCAGGUCUGAGCAAGGCCCAGUUCCUGAAGAUCAAUGGCUUCCCCAAUGAGUACUGGGGCUGGGGGGGUGAGGAUGACGACAUCUUCAACCGGAUUUCCCUCUCAGGGAUGAAGGUCUCCCGCCCAGACAUCCGCAUCGGCCGAUACCGAAUGAUCAAGCAUGAUCGGGACAAGCAUAACGAGCCCAACCCCCAGAGGUUCACCAAGAUCCAGAACACGAAGCUGACCAUGAAGCGGGACGGCAUUGGCUCGGUGCAUUACCGCGUACUCGAGGUGUCCAGGCAGCCGCUCUUCACCAACAUCACCGUGGACAUUGGCCGGGCCCCGCCACGGCCUGCCCGAGGAUGACUCACAGCCAGCACCCAAGAGCUCAGGGUGUCCAUGGAGAGCAGGGGCAGAGGCCCCACUGGCCUGUGACUGACUGCCGAGAAGCUGCCCCACUCACCGGCUGUGGGCAUGAGGCUACCCUUCCCGUGGGGGGCUGGGCCAGGCAGGGCUGGCAGGGCGCCCUCAUGCCUCUCCUGGUGCAAGACUCGAGACUGCUCCCCUGGAUGGCUUAGCAUUCGUUGGUUGGUCUGUCUGUCCGUCUGUCUGAGUCAGAAGACUUCUUCCUGUUUUCUGAUCUGCUGGCUCAGGGACCUAUGGGGUCUGGCUGGUGCCCUGGGGAGGGAGGAGGGGCCAGGCUUCCUGCCUUCCCCCCACCACCUCAGGUUCUGUCGAGGUGGGUUCUGGGGCAGAGGGGGUGUUUUCUAGGGAUACCGAGUCCAGGGAAGGCAGAGGUGACACUCAGUACCACCUUGGGGGGUUCCCAUCUGCAUUCUGCCCCCCCCCCAGCCUCGCUGCCCUCUGCCUCACUGUUGGGGGGCUCUUUGGGCCCCCCAACCCCACCACUGCCUGGCUGGCCUUAGGCAAGUCCCUUAGCCUCAUGGGCCUCAGUUUCCUCAUCUGUAAAAUGAGGGAGUUGGACUCGAUGAUGU